AUGGCGGUUACCUCUCAGGCUCAUCGAAAAAUCGUCUUCGGAGCUAUGACCUUUGGUCAAAAGGAAGUGGACACAGCUCGCGUGUAUGGAGGAGGCAGCUCUGAGGCUUUCCUCGCCGAACUGGAUUGGAAGUCUCGCGGCAUUGCUCUUGCUACGAAGUUGCCGCCUGUUGGCGUCUAUUUGCCACCAUUCAUGGACACCAGGAACAAAACCCUGCGUGAUUUGAUGCGCGAGAGCAUGAGCGCUUUGAAGACGGAUAAAGUAGAUCUCUUGUAUCUGCACGGACCAGACCGCAACAGACCAUACGAACAAACACUUCGAGAAAUCAACGAUCUAUAUAAUGAGGGCUGCUUCACCCGGUUCGGAAUCAGCAACUUUGCAGCAUGGGAAGUCGCACAGAUAUCGAUGUGGAACCAAGGUAUUUACAACGCGUUGCACCGAGCUGUCGAGCCAGAACUUUUCCCGGCACUGAGACACUAUGACAUCGCAUUCUAUGCCUACAACCCUCUUGCUGGAGGACUUCUCACCGACCGCUAUCAACGAGAAACGAAGGACCACGACGGCGGUCGAUUUGAUCCUAAUCACGCACAAGGUGACCUGUACAGGAAAAAGUAUUGGAACGAUGCGCGUUUCGAUGCCUUGGAUAAGAUACGCCCUCUCGCCAAAUCAUCAGGUCUUACAACCGCACAGGCAGCUCUGAGGUGGAUCAAUCACCACAGUCAAUUGGCCACGGAGUCUGGCGAUGCUAUUAUCACUUCAGCGAGCACGGCCGAGCAACUCGAGGAAAAUCUCACUGCUUUUGAAAUGGGCCCGCUCUCUGAUGAGCUCCUGAAAGCGUUCGAUGAAAGCUACCUGGUGGUGAAAGCCGACGUGUCUGCAUAUUUCUUCUAG